AUGGAGAAGGCUUUGAAUGAGUUCUCCUUGCUGUGGAACGACGUCGGUAUAUUUAAUGACAUAUCAAAAAUAACAAAGAAAGAGGAAGCUGAGAAAGAAUACGCCAAAACUGAAACAACAGUCCACCAAAACGAUGAUUUGAUAAGUGACAUAUCAAAAAAAUGGAAUCUUGAAGCCUUUGAAAAGAAUGAUGAGAUGAUAAAACUACACGAGAAUAUACUAAACAACUUAAGCGAAUUGACGAUCCGUGAAAUAUCUUUACACUCAAAUUUCAAAACCUUGAAUGAAAAUUAUAAUAACCUUCUGAGCCUGCAAUCACAGCUUAAGUCAAAGAUUAAGAAGGUUGAGUUAAUUUACGGCCACUACAGUAAUAUGAACUUGGUUAACGAGUUUAAUAAUAAUUUCUUCAACAAUAACUUUAACGAUUCUAAGUUCCUGUGCCAAUUCUUAGAAAAGGUGAAUGAAAUGUUAGUUUCAAUAAUGAACUCAAUAAGUUUCUUUACCCUGAACAGCUACUAUAAAUCUGAGGUUUACAAAAAUAAGUACCAACAACAACUCAAGAUGAUUCUAUAUAAUAUAAAGUUGUUGUUCAAAUUUAUAUUCAAAUAUCACGUUAGAGUUGACCAAAUAGGUUAUAAAUACCUGAAUUCUGAAAGUUUCUCACUAGAGUUUGAAAACUCGCCUGAAUUCACUAACAGUAAAAAUGACACUACUGAUGACCCGGUUAAUGAUGUGUUGGUGAUUAAAAUUUUAAGAUUAAUGAAUAAAAUAAUGUUAAAUAUGAAUAAUGACGAUGAUUUGAUUCAAAUUAAGCUGUAUUACAUAAAUAAUAUUGUCAACUCACGGCUCAAGGGUUCUGACUAUGAUUUGCACAUUGAGAGGAAUGAAAGUGAGUCCAAUUCCAUUUCAGAGGGAAUUAAAUCUCUGAUAAAUAAACAAUUGUUGUACUAUAAUAUACUGUUUGACAAUGUGUUCAUUGAUGAUAAAGAGGAAAUAGUUGACCUUUUAAUAAAUAAUAUAAAAUCGCAAUUUAAUUACAGUAAAAGUCAAGAUUUAGAGCAGUAUAAAAACUUUUUAUUAAACAACUCUAUACCAGAUAGUAAUUCAGAAAUGGGAGAUCCUAAUUCAAAAUUGGAUACGAAUUCAAGAAUGGACUCGAAUACAAACAUGGACUCGAAUACAAACAUGGACUCGAAUCUAAACAUGGAUCCUAAUCUAAACAUGGACAGUGUAAAUUCAAAGAUGGACUAG